UUGUAGGUUUUUUCAUGUUCUUCUUCAACGGGCAUGUCCAAGCUAAAAAAAGUGAAUCUGUGACGAGGAUUGAAUAUGAAUAUAUGCAUUCAAAUGCUUAUCAAUUGCCAAAGUCUGCUGUUACAUGUUAUUUAAGCAAAGACAUAGCAACUUUGGUUUCACAUUUCAGAUUUUCAUAUAGAAUUUGUUUCUGCAGCAUGGAAAGUAUAAAUAAGCGACAUGAGGACAAUCUCAAAUUUCUCACAACUCAGGCAAAUCAAUUAGAUGAGACUAUUCUUGAUUUGCAAGUUAGCCUCGGAAAGUAUCAUUCGUCAAAUGGAGCUGGAACAAAUGGAGCUGGUUCAUCUCACACUGAAGAGGAAACAAGGGAAAAAAUUCUAAAGCUAGAAAACUCUGCAGCUGGCGUAUUGUACUGGCUUAAUUCUCAUCAUGCGACUCAAGGUUUAGAUUUGGGAUUUACCAAGGAUGUCUUGGGUGUUGUUGCUACUCUUGCCAGAGUUGAAGAUGAUAAUCUUAGUAGGCUUAUGUCAGAGUAUUUAGGAUUGGAGACCAUGUUAGCUAUUGUUUGUAGAACUUAUGAAGGUGUUAAGGCUUUGGAGAAGUAUGAUGAGGAAGGCAAUAUAAACAACUCGACAACUGGUCUACAUGUGGCUGCAUCAGCUGUGGGAAUGAAAAUAAUUGGUCGUUUUCUUGUCAUAUGCCUUGAAGAUUUGGGGCAAUAUGCUGGUGAAUUUGUCGCUGAUGAUCCACAGAAGAAACUUGCUAUCCAGAAACCAAAAUUACCAAAUGGGAAGUGCCCAGAUGGGUUUAUUGACUAUGCAGUGAACUUACUCAGUUUGGACAGUAGAAACCUUUCUUUUGUCACAAGCAAUGGACAAGGUCUCAGGGAGACACUCUUCUACAGUCUCUUAUCUCGCCUCCAAAUCUACAAAACUAGAGCCGAGAUGUUACAGGCUUUCUCAUGCAUAACUGAUGGAGCCUUGUCUUUAGAUGGUGGAAUGAUAAAAAAGUCAGGUGCAUUCGCCCUCGGAAGUUGUCAGGAUGUAGAGGUGAAGUUUCCUUUAGCAUCUGGAAAAACUAAUGUGCCGGCAGAAUACAUUGAAUGUGAAGAUAGAAUCAGAAAGAUGAAAUGGGAACGAGCAAAUGUUGCUGCCGAUAUGAGAAGAAUACAAGAGUUAAUGAAUUAUACACGAGCCAACUUUAAAGGGCAAGCAUGAUUUUGUGACACAAACAUUUCGAACCAAGCAAUGUAAUUCUAAAUAUCUUUUGUUUCCCAGAAAAAGUGGAUUUUCUUUGACAUAGAUUUGUUAGCACAGGAUUUUCUUUGAGAAAGAUUUGUUGCUUUGACAAAUCCAUAUCAGCACUCUAUAUUAUCAACGCAAAGAUUCAUUUUUCAAUGACAAGAAUGAUUUAAUUGGAUCAUUUUUUUUUUGAGAUAA